AUGAUGUUAACUCGCUCUGCAUAUAACAAUGCAGCACUUCGAUGUGCUACAUUUUCUUUGCGUAUGCUUAAACGGCCUUCAUCUUCGUAUAAUCAAGUUGCUUCUUUUAUUCAUAUAUCACAAAAAAGAACAACUAAUGUUCCAAUUUCAGCAAUAAACAAUUCCACAUUGCAUUUUGGUUGUCGUUCAUUUUCACUAUCAUUAUCACGAUUAUCAUCUGUUGUUCCAUUUAAAUUAGCUGAUAUUGGUGAAGGUAUACGUGAAGUUGAAGUUAAAGAAUGGUAUACAAAAGUUGGUGAUACUGUUAAACAAUUUGAUAAAAUUUGCGAAGUUCAAUCUGAUAAAGCAAAUGUAACAAUAACAUCCCGUUAUGAUGGAAAAAUAACUAAAAUUUAUUAUAAAGUUGGUGAUACAGCUAUAGUUGGUGAACCACUUGUUGAUAUUAAACUUGAAGAAGGAGUUGAUGUACCAGUUGGAACUAAAACUGCAACUGUUACUCCGGAAGAACCACCGAAUAUUGAAGUAUCAAGUAAAACACCAUCAUCAAAUCUUUUAGCUGCGCCUGCAGUUAGACGAUUCGCUAAAGAAUUACAAAUUUCAUUAGAUGAUGUUCAAGGUACAGGAAAAGAUGGAAGAAUUUUAAAAGAAGAUUUAUUAAAUUAUAAAUCUGAAACAUCAACACCAUCAAAAGCUGCUGCUCCAAUUAGUUCACCACCACCACCAUCAUCACCACCAACAGUUAAAGAAACUACUCCAACAAUAAAACUUCAACCACCAUCAACAACUCCAGUAGCAGAUCGAAACGAACCAAUAAAAGGUAUUCGUAAAGCAAUGGUUAAAACAAUGACUCAAGCAAAUUCCGUACCACAUUUUACAUAUUCUGAUGAAUAUGAUAUGACACAAUUAGUUAAAUUAAGAAAACAAUUAAAAAAAGAAAAUAAAGAUAUUAAAAUGUCUUAUUUACCAUUUAUAAUUAAAGCAUGUUCACAAGCUUUACAUAAUUAUCCAAUUCUUAAUGCAUAUGUGGAUUCAAAAUGUGAAAAUAUUACGUAUAAAGGUUCGCAUAAUAUUGGCAUUGCAAUGGAUACAAAAGAUGGAUUAUUAGUACCGAAUAUUAAAAAUGUUCAACAAUUAUCAAUAAAUCAAAUUUCCAAUGAACUUAAUCGUCUUCAACAGCUUGGAAAAGCUGGAAAAUUAUCAACAGAUGAUUUGACAGGAGGAACUUUUUCAUUAUCAAAUAUUGGAGCAAUUGGUGGAACCUAUGCAGUACCUGUUCUUCUUUUACCUGAAGUAGCCAUUGGUGCACUUGGUAAAAUAGUGCGACGUGUAGUACCAGAUGAAGAAGAUGAUGAAAGUUCAUCAUCAAGUUCAAGUGAUGAUGAAUAUUGUUCAUGUCGAGUUCGUUCAAUGAUGUCCGUUAGUUGGUCAGCUGAUCAUCGUGUUAUUGAUGGGGCUACAAUGGCUCGAUUUUCUAAUGCACUUAAAUAUUUACUUGAAAAUCCGCUUCAACUUCUUCUAAACCAAUAA